CGCGUCGCUACCGGAGACGCAAGACUGCGCGCCCGCGCCCCCACCCGCGGCGUUCCAGUGCCGCGCGGCGUUACUCGUGCCCGACGCCAGGCGUCAAAAGCUUCCCUCGCUUCGGCACGCCGGCAGAUCGGAAUUUUCCGGCAGCAGUUGGUUGGCAGGUUGGUCCGGCAGAGAUGUUUUUAUGACAAAUUCCGUCUCGUCGUGACACGCCAAUAUUUGGGCACGCAUCGAAAUUUUCCGGUCGCAGUUAAAGACGUUUUUAUUACAAAUUUUCCCGCGCUUCCGGCACGCAGGGGAUGUCAACAUGGCCUGCCCUUCGCAUUUGCUACCUUCCAAGUGCUGCUGUUGUACUUUGCGAACAGGCAGCAUUCUAGUGGGAGUUUUCUCAAUGAUUAUUGGUCUCAUAUUCAUGGCACUGGCAAUUGUUGCAAGCCGUGCCUAUGGUUCAAUGAAUUGUAACUGGGAGAUUGUGAAUGGGAGCACCAGAAAAAUUUGUACAUCCAUAAAUGAGACUCAUAAAUUGGCGUCAAACUUAAUGGCAUUUCUUUCAAUCUGGAACGCGCUCGAAGUGAUGAUAAGUGUUGGUCUUAUUUGGGGAGUAUUAACAAGCUGGUUAACUGCGUGGUUGGUGGUUUCCAUUUGUUGGAUAGCACUUCACAGUGCUACAGCAUUAGCAUUCAUAUUUGCUACUUCAGCAACAGGAGCAAUGGUAGCAGUUGCUGUUAUAGGAGUAUUUCUUCUUGCAAUGAGCGUUCUUUCAGUUCUCACUGUGGCAAGUUUGCAAAAUGAAUUGAAUGGAACGCAUCAUCCACCAAAUUGUGUAGUUCCUGCACCACAGUUCGCAACCCCAUCAACAGUGGUGAACUUUUCAGGAUACCACCCAGCUUGGUAUUCACAAUCGCAAUCACAAACACAAUUACCGCCCCAAUUACAAACGCAGGGAAGUUAUAACCCUUCAAUGACAGCUCCACCAGUGGUUUCUGAAUCAGCUCCAGCCGAAUAGACCAAAGGAAAGACAUCUAUGAAUCAUUUCUAUUUCAAAAUAACUUACGACAUUUUUGUUCAUUAAUCUUAUCAAAAUAUAAUAAAUCUUUGGUUUUGUACAAAAGUUUUAUUGACCAUGUAUCAUUUUGCAGAAAAUUACAUUACCAAAUGCAUUUAUCAAAUUAUGGAAUGUAAAGUAUCAACCAGUAAAGUCGUCAAAUCUUUACUUUAUUAAUUGUAAUAUUACAACUUUCAUUAACUACUCUGGUCAAUGGUGUAGUUAUUGAGUUUUCAUGCUAACAUUUGUAAAAUGAUGUAAAAGCAAUUGUACAAAUAUCAGAGUUCCAUGUACUGCAUUUUAAUCUUUUAUCUUUGCAUUACAAAAAUAAACAUUUAUUAUUAAAAUUAAGUACAUCUUAACCUUAACAUUUUGUUUUGUUAUAACGAUUGCUUAAUGGGAACGUGUAAUGAAAAUAAUUAUUUUCAUUCCACUUUCAAGUAAUAAGUAUUAUUACUUAUGAUGAUGGAAUGAAAGUAUGUAAUAAUGUAAAUAAUGUUAUGAAAAAUGUCUUUAUUUGUAUAAAAUAAUCUUGCAUUAUGAGAAAAUAGGCUUUUUUCUUUUAAAAAUGUACUUCAACAUUUAUAUUUUGUCAAGAAAAAAUAAUAGUUUAUUUCUAGUCCAACAUUGUUUCAUCAAUAUCAACCAUUCCUUGCUAUAUCAGACUCCUCCUUGUUCUUUUCUAUUUCAACGUGUAUCUGAAUAAAUGGAUCUGAAUCCAUUAUAUUUAAUAUAAUAAAUCAUGAAUAUAUAAUUAAAUAUUAGUAUUUUACAAUUAUUAUUAUUACACUAAACAGGUUUUUACAAAAUG